GCACCCAAUGGUUUAUAGGUGGAUUCGGAGCAAACAAGACCCCACUCCCCCGGCGGAGAGAGAAAGAAGAGGAGGCCCGGUCCCAAUUGCAAUUCUUCAACCUCCUCUCCUUUCCUCCUUUCUCCUCCGCCGACGCCGUCUUCUGUCGCCGGAAUUCUGAACCCUAAAACAGCGGAAGACUUUGUUGCGAAUCAAUCGAUCUAGGGUUUGCCUCCGAUUUCUCUUCCCUUUAUCUUAAUUUCGAACCGGAGAUCUAGAUCCGGUCGAUCGCCAGAACUUUGAUGGCGGCUGCGGCGGCGGCAUCGGCGUCGAGACGGCUGCGAGAGCUCCAAUCGCGUCCGGGUAACAAAACGUGCGUGGACUGCUCGCAGAAGAAUCCUCAGUGGGCAUCGGUUUCCUACGGCGUUUUCAUGUGCCUCGAAUGCUCCGGCAAGCAUCGCGGUCUAGGUGUUCACAUCAGCUUCGUUCGAUCCGUGACGAUGGAUUCCUGGUCCGAGAUACAGCUUAAGAAGAUGGAGGCCGGCGGCAACGAUCUUCUCAAUGCAUUCUUGGUGCAGUACGGUGUCUCAAAGGAGACUGAUAUUGUUGCUAAGUACAACACGAACGCUGCUAGCGUCUACCGCGACCGGAUCCAGGCCAUUGCUGAGGGCCGGCCGUGGCGCGAUCCGCCGGUCGAGAAGGAAACGAUCGGUGUCGGUGCGAAGAAGCCGCCGCUUGCGCAGUCGGUGAAUUCAAGCAACGACGGCUGGGAUAGCUGGGACAGUAAUGACUAUCGCUCGGUUGAUAUGAGGAGGAAUCAGUCGGCCAACGAUGUCAGACCUGGGACUAUUGGAGCUGGGAAAGGUGGGGUGCCGUCAAGAUCUAGAUCUACGGAGGAUAUAUACACAAAGGCGCAGCUGGAGGAUUCCUCCGCUAAUAAAGAGAGCUUCUUUGCUAGGAAAAUGGCGGAAAAUGAAUCCCGCCCGGACGGAAUCCCGCCAUCCCAGGGAGGAAAGUACGUGGGGUUUGGAUCAACUCCACCGCCAUCGGCCCAGCGGAAUGGCACACAAGGGGAUGUGCUGCGCGAUACGAUGUCCGUUGUUUCUCAGGGCUUUGGUCGACUAUCUCUGGUUGCAGCUUCUGCUGCACAAUCUGCUGCAAGUGCCGUCCAGGCAGGAACAAAGGAAUUUUCGUCAAAGGUGAAGGAAGGAGGAUAUGAUCAAAAGAUGAACGAAACAGUUAGUGUGGUGACAACAAAAACCACUGAGAUCGGGCAGAAAACAUGGGGAAUCAUGAAAGGUGUCAUGGCAAUGGCUUCACAGAAGGUUGAGGAAUUCGCAAAGGAAAGUAACUGGAAAGCUGAUGACAGGCAGCAAAAUGAUGGGCUAAAGAACGCCUAUUAUCAGGAUUUUGGAGGGAAGGGUGGUGAUAGUUGGGGUUUUCCAAAUGAACAAUCUAGCCUGCAAUACAAUUCUGCCAGCUCCUGGGAUGACUGGGAUGAGAAGGAUCGAAAAGUCGAGUCCGGCAAGAGUCGGCAAAAUGGUAAUGACUGGGCUGGGUGGGAUGAUGUGAAGGACGAUGACUAUGAGGACGAUAAGCAUCACCACAGCUCGCCGUCGCCGGCCAAGGGUUCCAAUCAGCCCGGAAAAUCUGCUUCUCGGUGGACCGAUGGCGGUUUCCUUUAGUAGUUUAGCUUCUCCUCUCCAGGCUUUUCCUUCUUCAUACAAGAUCUUUGAGAAAGGAUUGUGUGCUUAUGGGAAAUUUAUACUGUUUGUUUAAUUAAUAUUGGGUCCAAUAGACUAAUAAAUAUUGUAUAUGGUGCGAAACUUGGUCUUCUACUCUGUUCCCUUAUUCCAUGACUUCAUUUUAAAUUUAUGUUCUGAUAACUGAACGUCCAUGUUAUGGUUUUUGCUUAUAUUUAAUUAUAGCUUGGUGCUCAAAUUGGCUGAUAAAAAA